CUGACGUUUACGUUGAAUACGUUCAGUGCAUACAGUACUGACUAUUGUUCAGAAUGAAGUGGAUUUUAGGUUUUGUUUUAAUGACUUUAAUUUGGAAUGUUGAUGGUCAGAAUCCUCGGCCGAUUUAUAAAACCACCCUGAAAGAAAGUAGGCCUACAGAUCCGACAAAUGUAAAGCCGCAAGCAGGCAACAGAGUAAUCGUGCAUUAUACGGGAAAUUUGAAGUCAAAUGGAAAAAAGUUUGAUUCGUCACGUGACCGAAAUGACCCAUUCAGAUUCACUCUCUUUGGAAAUGAAGUUAUCACCGGUUGGGACUAUGCAGUGGCAUCGAUGAAAGUAGGCGAGCGGGCACGAUUUGAUAUUCCACCAGAAUAUGCUUAUGGUGCGAGGGGAGCUCCACCUGAUAUUCCUCCAAACGCUGAAUUGUUGUUUGAUAUUGAGUUGUUAGGAAUAGAAACACCAACAGACCCACAAAGAGGAAGAAAACCUGGUCAGCAAUAACGAUUUAGAGAUGCAGUCCAGUUAAACCGCACGCAGACGAUAUAUGGUCUACAACAAGAAUGUCUCCAGAGCUAUUCUAAAUGUUUGUAAACCUAAUUCUGCUUGGAAUAAAUUCUUUAAACUGUA